GUCAUCGGAUUGAUGCCUGGAAAGAGUCCAGCCAGGGCUGAUGUUGGUUGAAGAAGUUGCGCAACCAGUAAAACCACACCGGAGUGGGAGCGGAGGAGCAGUAAAACGUCACAUGAGAUUUCCCGGAACCCGAAUUUCUCUGGUGUUCUUGCUGGAAGUUGAUUUACUGUCCGGCUUGACGCCCUGCACCGACGACGAACUGCCCUGAAGCCGGAAACUUCACACCUAAUGUCGGUAUGUAUGUUUGUAAUGCCUGGAAUAUAGUAGAAGUCUGAUACAUGGCAGCUUAGAGGUUUCUGUGUGAAUAUCUACACUUCCCAUCAUGGUAAGUCCAUUAAGACCACACUACAUGUGAGUUUCAUAAUGUCAUAAUACGUGUUUUUACUGCUGUUUUAAAUCUGUUAAAAUGCAUAAAGUUACUUACAGUGGUUCAACUAAGUUACAAUAACACAGCGUGACAGUGAUUCACGCUAUUUGUCGGUACCAGUUUUAUCCUUGCAUGAAUUCAUGUCGUUCAAACAUCUGUCAUCUAGCCUAUAAAGAACCGAGUUUGCAAGUAUGCAGUAUCUCCUGUACCACACACUGUAACAUCAAUGUUUCAGUUUAAAACAGCAAUAUCAAGAUAUGGAUCAUUGAACAUGACCAUGCUUUUCCUGUUUGCUUCAGGGUGUCAAAAGAAAAGCUGAUGCCCUCUCCUAUCCCUGUGUAUUUUCUGUAUUGAACUCCAGUGACUUGGCUACCUGUGGUUUGACAUAUGGCUAUCAACCUGUAAUUGUUGCAGUGCUUGCAGCAGUGUUUGCUAUUAAGUGAGAACUGCAAGGAGGGAGUGCACAAGUGCUGCCAUAUCUGAGAAACCCUGGCCUCUGGAGUGGAUGGACAAUACUGUGGGCUGGUCCACUGAGCAGAUUGCUGUGAGGCUAUGUAUAGCAUGAAUACAAGUAAAUAUGCAGAAAGCAAUGGCCCCCCUUUGUGACAAUGGAAGCAUUCCCCGCUGAGAGGGGGUAGCAAUCCCAACGAAGACCCAGGUAACAGCCCUUUAAAAGCCGUAAUUGCUCUGCUAUAAAUGGAAACCUAUGAGCAAUAACAGAGCAACAAUUUCCUGUAAUGAGGGAAUUAUUUCUUUACAAGAUGCUUUUAUGCUGUUACAGACAAACAAAGGGUGCGAUCAUCAAUCUCUGUGCACUCUAGCUUGGAAGCCUUGUACCCUUAACCCUGGCUGGCACAGAUUCUGCAUGUCUAACCUUGUCACGGGCAGCAUGCACUCAAUAUAUUUUUAGAAAAUGAAGAAAAUGUUGGUGUUUUUUCUGGGAUUUUUUUAAUCUGAGCUCUCUGAUUGUGUCCUUACUUGUCCUGAACACAGCGCACCAAGCUGGAAUAGCCUGUGACUUUGGCUGCACGAUCAUGGCAUACCAGGGAUGCCAUCGUCCUUAUACAAGCAAAGUCUGGAUCCUGAGUUCAUUGCUUACUAGUACUGAUGAUGGGGAGCGUGUGUGUCCAGAAGGAGACACGGGGGAUAAUCCCAGAGUGAAUCCCAGAGCUAAAAAGAGGGUUAUUACACUGACAGUGCAUACAGAAUUAGCCUUUCUGGGUCAUGUUGGCAGCUCAUGACUCUCUCAAAUGGUUUAUUUCAGAGUGGAGCACAGCAGCAGUAAGUUUGUUUUGCUUUUAGAGACUUUGUUGAGUGAACCAGACUUCCUUCCUUCCCUGUGAUCCCCCCCGUUUUCUAGAGGCUGAGUUGGUGCUGAGUGUCAUUAUGAGAUGUCGUCUCCAAGCGCCUCCUUCGUGCAAAUCAAGUUCGAUGACAUCCACUUCUACGAGAACUGUGGUGGUGGCAGCUUUGGGAGCGUCUACAGAGCCAGGUGGAUCUCCCAGGACAAAGAGGUGGCAGUGAAAAAACUGCUCAAGAUUGAAAACGAGGUAGGAGUCAUAAUUGCGCAGGCUUUUCAUAUACUUUUUAAUUGUCAGUGUAGUAAUCAUUUUAAUUGCUACCCCAUUUAGCGAGAUGUGGUGACUUCUGUACCCAUCACUCAUGGUCAUUAUACUCCCCCACUCUUGGAAAUGUGCUGCAAAAGGAACAAUAUUGCAGAAUGAAAGAAUAUAUCUGGCCCAAUUACAGCAGGGACUGUUCUUGAAACCCCUCUGAGAGCUCAGGUCUAUUGUCUUAAAGACAAAAAAGAAAUUAUCUUUGAAAUCUUUUCAGAGAAACUGUAUAACAUUUGUUAGCUUGUGAUAAGAUGUUCAGAAAAUUAUUCAGCAUUUCUUUUAUGAAAUUCAGAUCUCAGAUACCCAUUCAAAUUCAUUCAAGUUUGUAGAGAUGAUUGUUCACUAAAUUAGUAAUGUAAUCUGUUCACACUGAACCAAUUGUUCAUUUAAUUAUAGUGUUUGGCUACAGCAAAUGAAUUGGUUUUGUCAGGUUCUCUCCAUUCAAAAGGUAGUCUCACAGUGAUACACCGGGGGUUGUAUUUCACAUUAAUCCAUCUAUGUCUCUCUUGUCUGCAUGUGCUUUAACUCAUUUAUUCUAACAUGCCUGCAGGAACAGUACAGAGCUUGUCUUGUACAAAGCUGUCCUGGCUGAAGCACCUCAUCAAUUUUUUGAUCCCAAGAGGAUGAAUCAGAGUCACUUUUAUUAUCUCUUGACACUUUUAUAAUGUUGAUGUUAAAGGUAGUUGAUGAAAUGACUCAAAACAUUGGAAUGGGCUGUUUAUAAACUGUGGUUCAGAUAUUCAUGGUUCCCAGUAGAUGUUUCCUUUCUGUCCCAGUCUUUCUUGCCAAUGGCUUUCCCUCAGGUCAAGUUUUUCACUAGCCCUAUGAAAUAUAUCAGCAUCUCUCUGGCAGCGCUGCACAGUGUUCUGUUUAGUUUAUUCACACUCCUCUGAGGAUUAACAAUCCCCAGGCUCUUCCUCUGGCACAUUUCCUUCCGUUGUCCCAGUCUCAUCUGGAUUGAUACCCUUAAAACCUCGUAUAGACAGUCAUUCCCCAUUCAUGAUAGAAAUAGAAAUCUCCGCUGUAAGCUCUAAAUCUUUGACUUUUGACCAAAUAUUAGCAUCAGUUUCAUUUGUUUUUUAAGUUCAGCUGGUGUAGAAAAUGAUCAUGGAAGUCAUCAAACCUCCUCAGCAUUUGCAUGUUAGAAUUGUGACUGGCUGCAUGUUGCAUCCUAACAUUGGGAAAAUAGCUUUGUUGACUGAUGCUUCUUACAUUUCUGUACACUUCUAUGUCUUGUGCACUUAAACACGGUUAUAAUUAAUUAUUUGUUUGGUGUCCUUAUAUAUUUGUUUGACCUUCUCUGUGUGUUUAUUUCUCAGGCUGAAAUCCUCAGUGUCCUCAGCCACCGCAACAUCAUCCAGUUUUAUGGGGCCAUUGUUGAAGCACCCAACUAUGGUAUUGUCACUGGUAAGAGUUAUUUUAAAUCUUUACAUUGUCUCUGUGUUACAUUUAUUAUUAAUGUAUGUAUUCGUAAUAUUCUGUGUACAGAGACCCAUAAGGCUGCACAACGAUAGAAAAACACUGAAGCUCCUGUAAGUGUGAAGGCAUCAUUUACAGUUUGAAUGGUGCAGAGGUUUCUAUGGAAGCAUGAGUGAAUUCCAGAGAGUUCACAAAGUGCACACAUCCAUACAGUAGCUGUGCGCCCCUUUCUGUCUAGGUUAGGGGUUGAGGAGAAUAAAGCUAAUGUAGUGGGGGGCCCUCUGUGUCUGCACAAGCUUUCACUGGGCGUGAGUGUAGAGGCCCUGUGGAGAUCUUUUGUUUUGAGCUCUGGUUCAAAAAGAGUUGAGAUGCUGCUUGAAACAUACUUUAAAUAAAGUAGUAAAAUUUUUACAACCUGAUUACAACUGAUCAGUUAUUCACUAUCAAGGAACUCACAGUUGCAGAAAUGAAUACAACUCCCUGUGUUUAGAAAAGCAACAAGAAACAGGCUCUUUAUUGACAAAGUAACUGAAAGUGCACAAAGCAGCCGAGGGGCAGCAGUCCAGUACAAACAGCUCAGUGUACAUGUAGUAAGCAGGUUGUGUCAUAUGCUCUUAAAAUAUUUAAGCACUCUACAUCAAAGGCUGAACGUUUUAGCCUAUAGGGUGAUGGAGUAAGAAACACCGCUCCUGUUUCACAGUGCUGUUACUCAAAGGUCUAUAACAGCCCUGUAGUUGGUCUAUGUUUGGAAACUCCCCGCAGGUUUUGCUUGUUUCUUGUUUCUUAUCUGCGAAAUGGUUCAAAACUCUGACAAAGAUCAGACAAUUCAAAACCACAGUGCUGCUGAAGCACACUUUAUGUUCUUUGUUGUGUUAGUCAACACACAACACAGCUCCUAGAAGCAAUUUUUCCAUCCUGUGUUACCAUAACUUUCUGACCAGUUUGGUUACUGGGUUGAUACUGAGGUUAGAAAGUAUUAUGACAGAGUAUUUCUUAAUUUACAGCUGCUGUUUAAUUUAUAACAAACAAACAGUGUGAUGAUAUGCAAGAUCUUAAUAGCUAAAGAAAAUUAAUGAGUUAAAUCAGUUAAGGUGCAGUAUGAUUUGUGAUUUACGUCAUUUAAUGUUGAAGUCACCAGCUGUUUAUUUGUACAACAAAUAUUAGUUUGUGUUUAAUUACUGAAAUGACUCAGCUGAAGUCUCUCUGUCUGCCGUUCAGGAUGUCAGGAUCAUUAGGAUGAGGAUGAGCGAUAGACUGAGUAGUCCUGAUACAUGACACAAACACCAAAGUUGUGUUUGCAAAACAUCAAAACUUUGUUGUGUUGUCCAGAAAAUUGAAAUUGUUAAAAAUAAAACUAAAUAAUCCAAGCACAAAACCAACAGAGAAAAUAAUUUGAAUCAUUUGAUAUGCAACCUUUUCUCUGUAAAGUGCUCUUCAGUUAAAGCAGGAAUCAAAUUUUCUUUCAAUUACAAGGGGGAAAAGAUCUCCCUUUGGCUUUUGCUUUGGCAAAUAGUUCAAAAAUAAAACGGUUUAUUGAUAGCAAAGUAAAUCGCUUCAGAGAUUCUAAAUAAAGUGCACUCUUACAGUGCUUUGUCAGACUGUCUUAAAAUUUGCUGAACUGUGUGCAAGUGUGGCCUCUUCUGAAGCGGUUGAAGCUUGCUGACUCUCUUGCGAGUCUCUCAGCUACUUUGGCCGAGCUGAUCCCCUGUGGUUGAUACACUUACUAUCCUCAAAAACCUCAUACAAGACCACUGACAAAAGGAACGUACCUUUUUAUGUAAUUGUAACUAGAAAACAUAACCUGAACAGAUGAGUGAAAAUCUCUGACCUGCAGUUUUAAAGGUUGGAGAGAACUUGCAGCACAGGUCAGCUUAGCUGCCUCAGUCAUAUUUGCUGCGAAAGGGAGAGGGAUUGUUGUCAGGGAGCUUCUGGGCGUCUCUAUUUAUCAAAGUAGAAUCUAAUUAAAGGCAGUUACAGGAGAAAAGUUUAUGGCCAUCCUGACCUUGCAGUGUCCACAUUCAUCAGCUCCUUUAUAAAUAUCUUUUGUCUGUUGACACCGGACAGGGGAGUUUCCUUACAUCAACAAUAUCUACAUCCUUUUUGAGAAAGCUGCUUGUCUCUGUUACUGGAAAGCAUUUGUGGUCAAAUAUCUUUAUAUAUAUCUGCAGAAUGAUCUGAAAGUGAAAAUGUAGAGCCUAAUGUUACUGUACACAGGAGAUAAGCCAUGAAGAAUCUAGAUUAUAGUAAUUAGGACCUUAUAACUUUAUGUAUUUUAUGACUGCUAAUAACGCUGCUGUCAAGGUGCGUGUGCAUGUUUACAUUGGUGUGCGGGAACAUGAUUAGGUUAUUAUGCACAAGCAGCAGUUUCCUGCUGUUUUGGUUGAAACAUUCGUGGUUGUUUAUCCUUGUUCAAGCUCUCACGCAAACCUCAGAAAAUAGCCUGAAAAAGUGAUCGGCUUUCUCUACAUACCUCACAAUCCUGGCAGAGCUUUAUUUCUUUGUCUUGGAAAUCUCUUGAGACUGAAUAGUUUUUCAGACCCAUAAAUAAGUAUACAGGUAAAGGUAUAAAAGCUAUUGAAAACAGAACAUAAAGACAAUUCCAUUGUUAUUUAUUUGAGAUAGAUUUGAUAACAUGUUGGCUCCUGAGGGCUCCCCAUAGUGUUCAGUUAAACUGUGAUAAAUUGAGCUCAUCCACAGCAGUGACAGUGACAGGAGCGAUCUGUAAACAAGACACCAUCAGCUGCCUGCCAGGACACAUCUGGCAGAAUCUCAACUUUCAAUUGUUUUCACAUAAUGCUCUCACAUACUGCGCUCAAACGUGCAAUGUAACAUCUCAGGAGAACACUUUUGUCACGAUGAGACAUUUUACUGUCACAAUCUGUCAGUCACUCACUCUAAAACAAAGUCAACUCUAAUUACAUGUCUCCUCAGAGUAUGCCAGCGGCGGAUCAUUGUACGAUUACCUGUCCAGUGAUGAGAGUGAGAAAAUGGACAUGGGACAUAUCAUGACAUGGGCUGCAGAGAUUGCCAGAGGUAAAUAUGACGGCUGCUUAUUCAUGUACAAGAUCUUACUGGUUGCUCCCUUUCAUUAAUAGUCUAUUAACAAACUUUGGUCAGUGUUCAUCAUGCAAUUAGUUAUUCCAGACUUUUUGUUUUAGCUUAGGGGUGUUCUGAUACAACUAUUUGAUUUCCGAUUCGAUACUGAUUCAAUAUUGUAGCCUUCAAUGUUGACGGAUACUGAUAUUGAUCCGAUAGUGGCACAAAAUUGUGCAUGACAAGCUUUUCACUCAGCUGCAAUGUCUUUUUCAGACUUAAACAAAAAAUACUGCCACAAAGCCAACAUCACUCUUCCGCCUUGCUACUUUGUUUGUACCUUAGUACACGCUGUUGUUGUGAUUUUGUGGGCUCAGCUUGCUGGAUCAGGGCGCUGCUAGAUAGAGGUGCAGGAAUGGAGUCUGGAAUGGACUGCUUGUAUCAGAGGGCUGAAAUCGUAGAUUUUAGAUGCAGGCCGAUAUAAUCCAAUACCUGUUUUUUUUGCUUUGUUGCUAUCGGACCGAUAUCCAUUAUCAAUAUUGUAUCGGGACACCCCUAUUUUAGUUAACGUCUUUUAUGGACUUUUUAAAAAAAAUCAUUGCUGCAUAGGUGUGAUGGUUUUCUUGUUGAAACUCAGAGUUGCUGUCAUUCUCGGGCAGGUCUCCCUUGAAAAGGAGAUCUCAGUUGGGCUUACCUGGCUAAAUAAAGGUCACAUAAAAAAACGGCCUUUUACAGACAGUCUAACAGCAGCGCCCUUCAGAUGUGGCCGGUUUAGAUCCAUGCUGUCCUCAUUUGUCACAGUUGUGAUUGCUUUUGCUGCUGGUUACAGCUUUUGAAGAGCUCUUAGCAUACAUACAUACAGACAGACUUAAAAAGAUGCUUCAUUUUCUGAUGGGAAGAAAAGAAACCAUCAACUGUUUUCUCUAAAAACCUUCUCUUUGCUCUUCAUCUUCAGGAAUGCACUAUUUACACUCCGAAGCCCCGGUGAAGGUGAUCCAUAGAGACUUAAAGUCCAGGAAUGGUGAGUGAUUUGAUUUUCUUUAAUUAAAUCAUUUAUAUAUUUUUCUUAACAUUAUUAUGUUAUAAUCUUUGGACUAAAAACCUAACCCUCUUUCUCUUUCAGUUGUUGUAGCAGCUGACAAGGUCCUCAAAGUAAGUCUUCAUUGUUAGUAAAGAUUAUUGCACAUCAGAGUUUUGGUGGACUGCAAAUGUUUGGUUUACUGAAAACACCCACUUUGAAUUUUUAAGGAGUUUGAGUUUGAAACAGUGGCAUAUGAUUUCCCUACAGAAUAUGAACACAAGAGGGCAGUGACUAACUUAGCAUAUGAGAAACCAUCAUUAUCACUGGUCUUUGCUACAGCUUUAGAUCAAAGAUUUUGAUAUGAAUUAAACCCUUUAAUUGAAAGAUAAAAAAUAUGAAAAUUGCGGAGCUUAUUCUGUGAGUUUCUGAUUCAUCAGAGGAUUACAUCAAUAAAAAUAAAGCAGGAAUAGUGAGCCACAUCCCACACUACAUAAAGUUGUACUAUUCAACUGUAUGUAGUGUAUUUGCUUGAAAAAGCAAACUGAAAACAUACCUUUUCAGUCUUGCUUUUAACUACAUUUUAUAUCAUUAACUUUGUUGAAGUGUUUUAGUAUUUCUCUCUUUCUAGUUUUAAUGACAGGAUUGUCUUUUAUUGAGCUAAUUUGGUACUCUUACUUUAGAAACGUUUACUGUUGUUUUUAUUUAUUUUAUUUAUUAUUUCUUAAAUUUUAUUAUAUGUUACUUUGUCUUUAGAUUUUAACCUAAACCUCCAGUGAUUCAUUAUCUUGAGUUUUAAAAUGGCGUUUCCUCAGUGCGCACACUCCUGUUUCCACGAAAUCAAGCCCUUUUUAAGUUUAUGCAUUUUAAUCCUGUUUCUGUUGGAUUUAGAUUGUGGAGUGGGAAUUAGGGGUUGGGCUGGGGAAGAUUUGGGUAUUCUUUGUUUCUUUUACUCCUUUUUCUGUGUAAAGCACUUUGUGCUACAUGGUUGUGUAUGAAAAGUGCUAUAUAAAUAAAGACUGAUUGAUUGAUUGAUCAUUAGGUAAUCGCAGAGUUUGAUUGAGGGUGUCUUUAGAUACGAAAACAGACAUUUUGACUUUCUUUUAUAAAUAACAUCUGUUUUGUUUUACUCGCUUUAGAUUUGUGAUUUCGGGGCAUCCAAGUUCCUGACCCACACAACACACAUGUCUCUGGUGGGCACAUUUCCCUGGAUGGCUCCAGAAGUGAUCCAGAGUCUGCCUGUGUCUGAGACCUGUGACACUUUCUCCUAUGGUGUGGUGAGUGACAAAAAGAGAGAGAGAGGAAGCCGUUAUGUCCAAAAUAUUAUGCAAUUCUACAUGUCCAAGUGUAAACAUGGAUAAUUCCUGUUUUUGGCACAGAAGGCCUUUACAGUACAAAGUACUCGGGAAGUUUUUUCAAUCAUUGUUUUGAAUGUUGAAUUUCCCCUCAGGGAUAAAUCAUAUCUAUAAAUCUUUUUAUAAGUUCUGCACAAAUAUUCAUGCAUGUUGCAUCUUGCUUUGAGCUACAGGAUUACUUAAGAGAGUUCCUGAGGCCUCUAAAGUCUGUGGCCACAGCAAAGAGGAAGUUGGCCUUACAUGCAUAGAAGGAGAAGAAACAGACUUUCCUGUAAAGACAUGAUUUAGAGCAGUUACAAAUGCUUACACCAUAGAUAGACCCCCCUUCUACCUGUAUACCUUUAACAAUAACAAUCAGUCUAAAAAUAUUUUGAAUGGAGAAGCAAUAUUAAAGAAGACUAAAUUAUGGCUUUAGCAAAGUGCUGUCAUGGAGCUCAUGAGAAUUUAAUAUUAAAAAUAAAUAUAUAGAAAACAUUGUCGCAGUUAACACGCAUAUAAUACUAUGCCACAUAUAUGUUGAUGGACUUGUUUGCAGUUGCAUGAGAAAUCUGCACACAUACUCAAAGGCUGAGUGACCGGCCUGCAGUCAGAGAGCACAAACGUCUGCCAGUCUCUCCUGGAGUUCACUCACUUGGUUGUUUGAAUUAAAACAGUUGGAAACAGACAUGUAUCUUGUCAAAAAUCAUGAUGAACCUUUGCCACCCUGAGGUGUACUAAAUAGUGAAAUUCUGGCCUCUGGCCCAUAGCCUAAAAUUGUAAUGAACGCUGUAAGGGAGAGGAACAAUGUCGUGGGAGAGAUAAAAGUAAGUAAAAAAGUGAGUAAAAAACACACCAAAUAUGUUUAGAACAACAAAUGAACUUUAUUCUGUUGAUUCUUCUUUUUUUAAUGUCACAACUACAGCCCUCCUCCUUUAUCCGGGCUGGGGACCGGCAAAAUUGACUCAAUUGAGACAAUUUGGCGGAGUUACUGUUUUUUUUUUUUUUUUUUAUUUGAUUUUUUUUUAUUGUUUUUUUUAAUUUAUUGUUAUUUUUUUAAGUUUUUUUUUAUUGUUUUUUUAUUUUUUAAAUUAUUUUUAUUUUUCUUCAUUUGAUUUUUUUAUUAUAUUUUUUGCUGCUAGUAUGGGUACUGGUUAAAUGGUUCCAGUUGCAGAUGGUGAGCUUUUCCUCAUCCUUUUCUUUUUCUUGCCCUGAAAAAACAACAUAAAAUUGUUACUUUUCUGACCUGGUAACACCAGACUAUGCAGUGUCAGUAGUAUAAAGCUGCUUUUGAAAUCUCAAAUCACAACAUUUGUGAUGCUGCUGUGCAUAGAUUGUGUACUUACAUAGUUGUUGAUGGCUGACCAACCAGGGUGCAGCCGACUGUGUUCUUCCUUUUCCACUCUGGCCAUUUCUUUAAAGUCCCCUCGCUGUUCCUCUGUAAGCUCCUUCCACUGUGAACAGACAAAAACAUAUUGUCAGAAACACACUUAUUUCCAAACUGGAUCAUCCACUUGCGCAUGAACAACACCUGGUGCACACCAGGUACUCAAUAGUGAGUGUACAACAUUUCCUCUAUGCAAACUUUCGUACCUUUAAAAGUUCUUUACAUGAGACAGUGAAUAAAAAGCAACAUUAACAGUUACAGUGAAAAGAUAAAGUAAAAAUCUUUGAUUUAUUUAAACCUGAGUGAACCAUGUUCUGACACACUUACCCACUGGCCGAGGAAAGCAUUCGUCUCUGCGCUCCCUUUCUCUGCAACUUCAGCUGGUACAUUUUCUCUGUACAUCUUCAUAAACAUCAUGAAGGCAUUUGGUGGCUUUUUGAUGUACGAGCUGUCCUCCUGCUCCAUUUCCCUUUUUCUUUUCCUGUUGGUCAAAAUCAGAGAGAAAGUUAAUGUUGUUGCUCUAUCAAACUUUUUUAAUUGAAUAAAUGUUAAGGUAUGCCUAAUGUCAUUUCCAUUCUCUUUGCUUAUUAUCACGAUUUUUUAUGAAUAAAAUAAAGUUUGAGUAAUUUGAAUCAAUACUUACCUUGAGUUGGAGGCUGUGGGAAGAGAAACAGCGGGACUGGCACAUGCACGCUGUUGGUCAAAGAGCUGAAGAGCAUCUUCAACACUUGUGACCUCUGCAAACUGUCCAGCCCCACUGUUUGCUGGGUGAGGGGUGGUGUUAAACCCCAAACCAGCAGAGUAUGUUGGGGAUGGAGGUGGAGGUGAAAACGAAGGCAGAGGGUCAGUGUACUGGAUCUGGAGCAUGUCAUCUGUCAGCAGGUCAUCAUCAUCUUCAGCCAGUGUCUUUAACACUGUGCGGGGACUGUCCAAUGGGCUCUGUAGGUCAAAAAGCUGGAGUCCAUCUUCAGAUGUUAAGUCCAUAACCUCUUCAUCGGAACUUUCUGCUGAAUGAGGGGGGGUGUUAAACCCCAAACCAGCAGGGUAUGUUGAUGAUGAAGGUAGAGACGAAAAGAGAGCCAUAGGGUCAGUGGUCAGCCUCUGCUCUGUAAGGUAGUUUGCCUCAAGGAGCAUGUAAUCUACGAGCAGCUCACUAUCUUCACACAGUGUCUCAAGCAGUGUGCUGGGACUGUCCAAUGGCCUCUGAAGGUCAGAAAGCUUGAGUACAUCUUUAGAUGUCACAUCCUCAAAAUCUUCAUUGGAACAUUCUGCUGAAUGAGGUGGGGUGUUAAACCCAAAACCAGCAGGGUGUGUUGGUGAUGAAGGUAGAGGUGAAAAUGAAGGCAGAGGAUCAGUGGUCUGGCUCUGCGUUGUAAGGUGGUUUGCCUCAAAGAGCAUGUUGUCACACAGCGUCUUGAACACUGUGUGGGGACUGUCCAAUGGGCUCUGUAGAUCAAGCUUGAGUAGAUCUUCAAAUGUUAACUCCUCAAAAUCUCCAUUGCAACUUUUUGCUGCGGGAGGGGGGGUGUUAAACCCCAAACCCGCAGGGUAUGUUGGUGAUGGAGUUGGAGUUGUCAUGGUUGAAGAAAACUGCUCUUCUUUUCUAUAACUUGGCUGACUCGGCUGAAAUAUUCUUCAAACUUUGUCGCGCUCUCCUAGACGUUGGCUAUACUGCUUCGGUCUGGAGGUGAAGAGACUUCUGUUUCAGUUACUGGCUAACCUGUGAUGUCAUCAGUCAUGCUCGAUGACAUCACCUUUUUCAAUUUUAAAAAAUGCAGUGCAGGGGGACAUUCCAUUCAAUUUUUAAAAAAUGCCAAUCAAAAUCUGCAAUCAUGACAGACUUGAUCUCAGUCAAACUGCAGUCAAUCUUUUCUAUACAGUUUUUAUUGGAUGCAUAGGUGGUCUAAAGCAAUGGUUGCAUCAUGAGUUGAUGGGAGGGGAUGACAUGAUGUUGUUGUGUUGCUUGCGUGUUUUAACACCUUUGAAUGCAGUGACACCUGCAUGUGUCCACUAACAGUGGUUUUGCAGCUUUUGGGCCUCAUUUUUAGGUCACCAUGAUUUUCACAUUUGUUUUUGAAUUGUGUGUGUGCGUGCAUUUAUUAUCAUUUGAAAAUCUUAAAUUUUGCUUGUGAAUUGUUGAAAAAUGUGUUUGUGGAUGAUUUAUUUUUGAGACAAACAUCACACAGUUUUCAAGAUACACACACACACACACAAGUUGAGAAUAUUCACGUGUGGAGAACGCCACCUCUCCCAUACAAAUGGCGGCAGUGUUGCUCUCCCAGUUGAGAGCACAGACUCUGAAGAAGAUGAUUGAUAGCAGUCCACCUUAGAAAUGCAGAGAAGUUUCUCUGCUUUUAUAGUGGAUAUCUGUAACUCAUCUUCUUCACAGUCCAUGCCUUUAACAGAGAGACAUGAGAGACAACAACUCCAGCACUCCUCCUUUAUCUGGGCUGGGGACCGGCAAAAAUGACUCAAUUGAGACAAUUUGGCGAAGUUACCGAGGUUUUUUUAUUUUAUUUUACUUUUUUUUAUUUUUAUUUUUUAAGUUUCUAAAUUAAUCGAUAGAGGGGUCUGAAAACUCGCCAAAUAUAGCAACAAGGCUGUAAGUUGGCAACACUGGCUGUGAGGUUAUGAUGUGAAUAUGUGUGAAUAAUGUGCUCCUAUCCCUGAUGUCCCUGGGUGACAUGGCCAAAAGAAUCAUGUAGGUGAAAAUUGCAGGGAAAUGCGUAUUUUUGUGAUUUAAAGAGCUCUAGUGACUUCCAUGUUGGGUGGGGGUGGUUAACUUCAUGAGCUGCUGAACAAUAUUUAGCUAGGCACCUGGAAAGGUUAUCAUACAAAAAUAUAAUCUACAAACUAUUUUGUCAAGAAAUAAAAAAGGGAGAUAAAGCCCAUGCAUGGAGUCGGUGUGACUGUCAGAUUAUUGUCUCAGAAAGUUGGAGAUAGCUUAAUCUGGAGAGACUUCUUUCUUAUGAGUUAACACUAAUUUAUUUUAUGAUUCAAAUAAGGAUGUCACAUGUGCAGUAUUUUUGGCAAAGACCCCAGAGGGAUGUCAAACAACGCUACGUAGGUGGAGGAGAAUCAGAAGCUCUCUGACCAGCAGAUUUCUUCAAAGCCAAGGAUUUACUUAAAGCUUGUUUGCGUAAGAGGAGUUACUCAUGAGUCAAACUUUAUGACCACACUUGAGACAAAAUAUAUACAAUCUUUGCUCUAAAUGGACUAUUUUUGUCCUUUUUUUCUUUAUUUUCAACCACAAAUGUAAUAUACUGAAAAUAAAAAAAAACACUUGGUAUGGUUCACAGAGGAUGUGAUAGGCAACAGCAACAAGACAGAACUCAUCUGAAAGGGUCCUUUUGUUUUCAAAGGCAGAGAUAUGACAAAUAUAAAUUAAAUGUAAAAAAAUGUACAACUCACUGGUUAAAAAAAGGGAUCUUCUCCGCUAAGAUAAAGAGCUGUUAGUAAUUUUCAUUUCUGCAUUUUCUUAAGUGGACAGCAGCUCUGACCUUUGCUGUCUGGUAGAAACUUAGCAACUCUUUCUUACUUUUGAAACCUCAGUGAAACUUCUGUGCAGAAAAAUGUCUUGGUAGUAGUUUAUAAAUAAAGAAAUAACUUUAAUCCCGAACAUAUAUGACUAAAUUACUCAUUUUAAGUUACAAUGCAGUAAUAUGCAUUUCUUUUCAUUUAUAAUGUUUGAAAAGUUUUCAGACGAUGUAAAUGACGGCAAUGAGUCCUUUUAGCAUCAAAGGUGCUGCUAUAGGAAUUCAUUUCAAGUAUCCAGUCUGCCGCUCAGACGCUUCUUUGAGGAGCUGAUUUCUGUAGAAAAAUGUAAACAUGAAAUGAAAGACGGCUGGUGAGAGCAGAAAUGCAAACUAUGGUACACAUGCUACAAACAGCCUUUGGGUGUCAGGGAAAUGGCUCUCCUCUGCUUUUUCAUGAUCUAAUUUUCCAAGGUGUCUGCGCAGGUAGUUAUUUUCCGAGUCUUUUGAAUACCCGCUGAAAAGAGAUGAAAUUAUCAAGGUGCUACUGUUAUUGAACUUUAGAAAUCAUGGCAGCCUUUAAUUGUCUUUGGAAAUCUGAAUUGAGUCUUUUUGUCUACUUUUCACUUUGCAUUUGAUCCUCAAAAAGAAAGAGAUAUUUUAAUGUUGAAUUUGUGUAUGAAUGUAAAUGCCACAUAAACACAUUGAAGGUACUCAUCAGUGCUGCAGUGUUUAUGUAUUCACAUCUUUUACUUGCAAAACCAUACCUGGAAGACAUCAGAUUCAUGGAUGUUUGUGCAUUCAAAGAGUAUGCGUAUACAUUUGUAUAAUUUAGCCGCGUUACAACUGUGUUUGUUUAUUGACCUUGGUUCUUGACUUCUCUAACAGGUGCUGUGGGAAAUGCUCACCCGGGAGAUCCCCUUCAAAGGCCUGGAGGGGUUACAAGUGGCCUGGCUGGUGGUGGAGAAAAACGAGGUGCUCAAGUGUGAAAUGACCGUAUAUGUACCGUUUUGAUCCAUACUUUUACCUUUACACUGAAUUAACAUCUUGGCUCCUUAAGUGCAUUGUGAAAUACAUCUCUUAUGGAGUGGUUUCAACUGUCUGUUUUCAGCAUAUGUCCUUGUUCUGGGUCAUAUGUGUGAAAUAUUAGAAUUAGAAUUUAUAGAAUUUAUAUGAACAUGAACAACCAUUAAACAUAGUACAAAUUAAAGACAUAAACACAUGCACAUUGCAUGUUCAAAAUGGAGUGGGAGGAAGUAGAAACUUUGCACGAAUAAUCAAUAAUUCAUUUACCUGUUUCCAGUUAAAUAUUAAAGAGAAAAAACAGUAAUUCUAGAUUUGGUUUAUAUUGUUGAGGGGUGAGUGACACCCACCAAAGAAAAUGUAACAUGAUUAAAGCAACAAAGUGGAUUUGUGUUUCUGCUGAGUUCUCAUAAGCUGACACACUAACAUGCACAGUUGUCGCUCGUAUUAAAUAUAAAAUAAAUCCUAAAUAAAUAUAAAUAAAUAAUCUAAAUAAAUCCUUGAACUCUUAUUUAAUUCUGGAUAUAAAAUCAGAGAAACGUGUUAUCGAGAUCUUUUCAGUCACAAACUCUUCUUUGCUUGACCUUAGUUUGUAAACCUCAUUGUACAACUUUCUGUGUGUGUUUCAGAGGUUAACCAUCCCGAGCGGCUGUCCUGCCAGCUUCGCUCAGCUCAUGACGAGCUGCUGGGCAACAGAGCCAAAAGUGAGUGAUCUUCCGGGAUUAAUUGGUAUGCAAAUUAUCUACAAAUGUACACUUUCCUGUGAAUCUCAUCCACAGCGAAUGUUUGUAUGUUGAUUUAGGAAAGGCCAAUGUUCAAGCAGAUCCUCUCCACUUUGGACUCCAUGUCUAAUGACAGCCAACUUCCUCAACAGUGCAACUCUUUCCUUCACAACAAGGCUGAAUGGAGGUAAUGAGAUCAGCCCAGUAAAUGUAUUUAUUACUGUCUUUUUCACAAAUAUACUGCCUCUGCCUAAGGAAAUGGAACUGUUUUGGAAGAAUGAUGUGGAAAUGUAGCUGAUGGGGGCCAUGAAACACAGAAAAGACUUGAGAUUGUGCAUAUAGAUCUUUAAUAAUUACACUGAUAGCUACAUAAAGGCAUAAAAACCUCCAAAGAAUCAUCCAUCUGGAUAUACUUCCUCUCUUUACCCAUAAGGCCCUAAAAAUAAUCACCAUCUUUUUCAAGUAGAAGUGUUUAAUUGGGUUGUAUGAGCAGCUGGAGGUUUGCUGAUGUUCAGCACAGCCUGAGUCUCAGCUGUUACUUUAUUCUCUGUCUGCCUCUCUGCGGGGCUUGUCUGUGCUCUGAGGUUUUUUCCUCAGAAGUUGUGCUGGUGGCAUCGUGUCCAGGCAGCCAUCUGCAGGUGGAGCAGGUUGGAGCUGAUCUCACUGCUGGAAAACAGAGGCUGAAAAUGUUUGACACAGACAGACACAUGUGGUCGGUUGCUACAAGUUAAACUGGCUGCAAAUGAAAGUGGGAGUUUGUAGAUCAGAGUUUUCUCGUAGCUGUAGAGUGAUAGUCUUUGUAUGUGUGCGCAGUGCGGGAAUAAAACCUGUUUCAUUUUUGGACUUAUGUACAGUGAGACAAGGUAUUUUCACUCCUACUUGAUGAGGAUGGCUUAACUCGCUAACCUGUCCUUAGCCAUGUGUUAGAAAAACCAAAGUUAAUGGGAAAAAUCCAUCUCAUCCUGUCUGCACCCCCGAUAAACAGCUUUUAACAUUUCUGGAUUCAGAUUUGGCCUCAGUUCAAGAAAGUUUGCUGUCAACUCGAAGAGUUACACACAGAAAAAAGUGACUUUUUAGUGCGGUAAACUCUACUAGGGUAACUGUCAUAAUUUCUACCUUGUAUUUUUAAGAUUCAGUAAGAACUAGAGUUUUAAACAUUCAAUUAUUCAAUUCAUAAAUAAAUUGAAUUUAACAAUUUUUUAAUGUAUAAAAAGGAAAGUAGUAAUGAAGCAAUAAAGUAGAUAAUGAAUAUCUACUUAAUUACUUUAUAACAGCAAAUAGUACAGAGAUAUAAAAUGUACUUAAUUUUCAGUAAAAUGAGGUUCCUACCUAUGAAAAACAAGUAGACUUCACUUAGUUUGUUUAAAUAAAUAUAACUUUAAACUAAAUGUCAGUAACAGUAAAUGUUACUUAACAUCUUCACAACUGUUAUGUUUUAUGGAAAGUAAAGUUUACUUGAUACUGGCAAGUGAGUGUUACUUGAUAUUGCAGCAUGAAAUUUUAAUUAAAUCAUUUGAGGACAAAUACUUACAAUAUAUUAUCUAAUAAGAUCUUAUAAAUUAUUUCUUUCAGUGUAGGACUAUACCACUGGUUGUAUAUAAAGAUGAAGUGCAUGUUCCAUAAUACUAAAGCAAAGCCAAAGCACCUCUGCCCACUGGGUUCUGAGAUCUUGUGAGUUUGAUAGCGAGUUUGCUCAGUAAGGAUCCACAUCCGACCCCUUCCAUGAACCAAAACACAACUCCAACUCUACGUCAGACUUUUAGCAUCAAAUAACUCAUUUACACUAAUCUAUGCUCAAACUGAUUUUUUAAGGCAUAAAUCAGCCAAAACAAACUGAAACCAGUUUGUCAAGAAAUUUAUAAAAAAAAUAAAAGCCAAUUUAAGUGAUGACAGUGCAAUGUGUAGAAUAAAACAACACUGAGCAGAACAGACUUGGUGGGAAUAGAAUGUAAUAAUUAUAAGUUUGUCGGAUUCACCUGAAUAUUGAAAUCACUUUAUUUUUUUGACUGAGAAUCAGCCUCAUGUAUCUUCCUCAGAGGCCGCCAUCUUUGACCCCCAUAUUUCUUACGAAAUGCAUAAUGGACAGACUGGUACAUACACCUGGUUUAUAUUUGGUGAGCAGAAGUUGUUAUUGUUGUGCACAAAAGAAUUCGUGAUAAAGGUAAAAAUUUGACAAAUGUAGGGCCAUACUAAUCAUCUAUCACAGAAGCUUCUUGUCCUCAAAGGCCACCGUUGUUUCACUAAAGGGAGGGGUGAGCAAGAAGGCAUUUCAAUUUAAAAUGUGACCACUAGAUGUCACUGAAUACUCCCAUUUCUUCUCACUACACCUUCAAUGCAAACUGAGUUACUAUUAGAAAUGUUGACCUGAACAAAUAUCUCUGCCUCUCUGUAUCAGGGAGGAACAAUCUAGUAACAACUGAGUAAAAGUUGAAAAACACUUGAGUUUGUUUAAGUCGGGGAGCCUCAGGGUGGGGUUAGCUGAGGACUAGGAGGAGUAGGAAUGGGCUUCCCUGCUUGUGUUUUGUGUGUUUGUGAACACAAAGUGUACAAAUUUUUCGUUGGGCUGAAGCACAGCAUGGGUUUUCCUGACACACUGUGCAGCCCCGCCCGCUGAGCAAAACAAACAUCCCCAGCGUGAAGUGAACAUGAGACACUGUCCUGUCCUUGGCAUUCAGGGCUUUAGAUGCGGACUAAUGACCCUCUGACUGUAGAGCAGCGCAGAGUUGUUUACAGGAAAGUUUUAUUUUGUUGUUCAAUUUCAGCCUUUGCCACUGAUUACUCUCCUUAAAAAGGCAAAAACUGAAGCUGGGUGAUAGAAAGGGGCAGUGAAGUAAAACAUAGAUCAAAUACAGUUACAUAUAUCUUAAACUUUGGUGAAAAUCUGAGUUUUUAAGAUACCAAACACUUUAAAUUUUUCUUUUAUUGGAUUCAAAAAGCUGUGAAUAAAUUAACAGCUUUAAAUAGUUCCCUGAAAAUACAAUCCUGUUUUUGGACAUUUUAGCUAAAAACUACAGUGACAAAUAGUUUGAGGGCACAAGUUAGUAUGGUUAGCAUGUUUAUAGCCUCAAUUUAUUUACUUUUUGUAGGAUAAAAUUCAUCUAAUCCAUGACUGUUUUUUAUUCUUUUGACUCAAAACUACAAAUACAGAAAAUAUUAAACCACCAUGUCGCUAAUACAUGUGACACAAAAUGGCAAGGUAUAUUUUAGUAUGAAAUCUGGAUAUUUGGUGGAUUGUUUGCAUUAUUUUUGUUGUGGUACGCUGCAGGAUUAUUGUUCUGUCUCUGCGUUUUGCAGGAUGGAGAUUGAGGCCACUCUCGAGCGGCUGAAGAAGCUAGAGAGAGACCUGAGCACCAAAGAGCAGGAGCUGAAGGAGAGAGAGCGGAGGCUAAAGAUGUGGGAGCGCAAACUCAUCGAGCAGUCCAACAGCCCGGUGAGUUCCUCAUUACCCCCUCUCCACCUUGGUCCACCUUGACCUCCAGCACAGUGGCCAUCAACUUUCAAGUGGUUAGAGCAGCUCUGUCACUUCAGCUUUACAAGCUUAGAUGCACGUCCACUCAGGAUUCACCUGAGCUUCCUCUCUGGGAUGAAAUUGAAAUGGGAAAGCAAUGAAUCCAAAAUAUAAAGUGUGGGAAAUUCCACAAUAGGCGAAGGUUAUGAGAAACAGUGUUAUUGAAAGAGUUAUGCUGGGCAUCCACCAAACGAUUUCCACAGUCCCAGACUAAAAACUGAAAGUCUUAGGUAAAUCUAAGAGUUUUACUGGAGUCACAGCGGAGUCACAGCAAAGUCACAGCAUGCUCCUAUCAUCUCGAUCUUUAUAUUUAAGAUGGUAAUCCGCGCUGUUUUGUAUCAGUCUUUCCCUAGUCUUGGGUUUGCGACAAGUUACAGUGACGUAACACAACCAUCAACCAAUAGACGAGCUCUAACCAAAGCGGAAAAGGAAACCUGACAGUCAAAACAAGAAGAAUAAGAAUGUAUCAAGAAUUACUGGUGAUAAAAUGUUGAAAGUGGACAGUCCAGAAAGAGGAGCGGAUAGUGGAGCUGUGGGCAGAUCAGCCUUGUCUAUUCGACGUCAACUGCAGGGUUUCCCCUACAUGUAAUGGCGCAUGGCCAUGGCUAAAUAAAAGCCACCACACCUCAAAAAUAAAGUUUUUUUACACACUACUUUGGACACAGUAUGUAUUAGUAUAUGCAGCGCAUACAGGCUGCACCGCAGGGCGCGUGUGCCGAGUACUAAUAUUAGCGAGUUCUGAGUUGUCAUAUGUGAACACACAUCUGAUUAAUGAGCCCCUCCCUUCCCCGCUGAACAGUCAAAAAAUGCUAAAAGGAUCUGGUUGUAGCCUUGUAAAUAGUGACCCUGCAAGAUUCACAGUCUUGGUAAAUUCUCAGUCUGAGACUAGGCUGUGACUAAAAACUCGAAGCACUUGUCUUUAGAUGUGAUCAAGUGUGAGCUGAUAGUUUUCCAGGAAUCUUUUCCAAAUCUUCUAGCUGGCCUUAGAUGGUGCUUGAACUUCACAGAAGUAUACACCUGAAUCAUGAUGCACACUUUGGAGCUGCGUCGCUUGCUAGGACUCAUGUUGAGUUUUGCAUUGUUGUGUUUUGCAUCAUAUGUUUGCAUGCUAAACACAAUGGAUUGUGGUGUGGUUUCCUUUGUUUCACUUGUCUGAGCCAAACCUCUUGUGACUGAAUGCCACAGGAGUUUAUAGUAUGGAUAUCUUGAAGGCUGGCGCUCAACAACACAGAGGUUCCAUUGUUUAAGUUUUAAUUGUUAACCAAACCUUGAAUCAAGAGCACUAAACCCACUUCCUGUGUUCACCCUCUUUUCCUGCCCUACCCUUCUUUUAUUGCUGUUCUAUUUACCUCCUUAGAAAAACUCCUUUUCCCAAAUCAAAUGUCCUGUUUCCUUACUCAUGCUCAAUUUAUGGUUCCAAACUGGAUGACUCACUUCCUUCUCUUUCUUUCUUUUCCUUUCUUUACUUCUUUCCCGGUGUCCCUCUCCAUCUCUGCCUCUCAGCUCUUCUUACCUGUGGCUAAAAAGAUAAGUGCUAAGUCGUAUUAUCAGUCAAAGACGAAGGAGUCAAACAGUUCACAGAUGUCCUGUCAGAUCACAGCCUCCGGUAACGAGGAGGUGAAUCUGCAGUCCACCAGGAUGAUGAAAGGCUUUGAGGACGUGUUUUCCUUGGACUUUGGCCUCCCUGUGCUGCACUCAGGCAUGCAGGUUAACAUGCAGGCCCGGCAGAACUCCUCCACUGUGUCGAGCUGUGUCAGAGAGGGACACAAAAUCAACAUGACUCUGGGGAAAGGAUGCUUUGCUUGGUCUGAAGACAGCGAAUAAAGCUCUACCGUGUUCUGCUUUCUUGCCACAGCUGCAUCUGUCACAUCCUGUCAUCUCUUUAUACUGAUUUGGUGUUGUGGAAGCACUUUGUCCUGAUAAACUGCUCGUCAAAAUCUGUUAAAUGUUCAAAUUCAAUUAUUCCUGCUUAUCUCUAAAAAAAACCACCACAUCUUUGGACACCAUUUUCUCUACUUUGUAAAAGUUGUAUUCAGAAUUUGCCUUUGGAAAUAGCUCAAAUAAACAUGUUAUAGAUUAUAUUUGUAACCCUCCACCUAUGGAGGACCUAUUAUGGAUGUCAUUUACUGUAUGCCCUAAUGUGCUGGAUGUAUAGUGCCAUGCUGUGAGGAAAGAGCCACGUGAGCCAGUUGCUUAGAGAAGGCCAGGCUUUUAUGAUGAAGUGACAUUUUGCUGACAUUAAGAUUGGCCAAUUUGUUCUGGAUGUGGUGGAGUGCAGUUGUUGAGACGCAGUCUCUUACCAGGAUGAGAAAGUACAUGUUUUUUUUCCUCUGACUGACCUGAGUUCAAAACAGCAGGAGAGGGACUUUUUUUCUGUGAUUGUCAGCUUCAUUCUCUCAUUUGACUUUUUUUACUUGAUGAAACAGGCUUCUUUCUGAGGCCUGAAAGAUUAGAAGAAAUUCAAUGAUGAUUAAAAUUUAAGCAAUUACAGGCCUCAAUCACUGCUGCUAUAGAAGCAUCAAUUUUAAUAGAAUCAUCCAUGCAGUUUCAAAGCGUACAGUCAAACUAAAUAUAGCCUCCAGACCUGCACUUUACAGUAGAGAAAUGGUAUUAGCAUUAGCGUUCAGUUCGAUAUUAUGUUUCAUCAGGGGUAAGGAUAUGCUUCCUUGAGCAGAGCCCAUUAAAUGCCCCCCUCGCUUGUUAUCAUCAGUCAGUCUCAUGAGGACAUAAUCCUCUGUAUUCCUCUGUUGUUGCUUGUUAGUUUCCUGCCGUGAGCUAAUAUUCCUAUUCAAACACUGCCUGUGCUCCUGUGCCACCAAAUCCCUGCUCAUACUCCACCAGACAUAACAAUUAACACAGAAAGAAACACUUGUUAGGCAUUUCAUCGAGCUUUCAGCAAAACGAUACACCGAGCAGCGUCUUGAUGUGACUGAUUUACCUGCAUCUCACAUUGUUGUGCCAAUAAAUCAAUUUCUCUGAUCUGUCUGCAUAUCAAGUCUGCUGUGAACUGAAUUUAUUUUUUAUCAAAAGAUAGUUACAGGACAAGGCCUAAUCACUUUUUAUUAUGCUAACACUCAUUUUUGAUACAAAAAUAGAGUGUGAAUGUUGUGAUUUUGGUAGGAUUGUAAAUUUAAAAGCAGAUUUAGUUCUUGUCAUUCUGAAACUCCCUGGGUUCAUUGUCUGGUUACCCAUAAUCCACUUAGUCCACAUGGGGGCAGAAUUUAGUGAACUAGAGCCAACUCAAAGAUGUUUUAUCCCUCUGCACACAAAAGUGUGACCUCCUUUGAGUUGAAGACACCCAGGUUUGUGUCUUUGUCAACAGGAUCUUAAUAAAAGAAGCAUAACACAUUUAUAGAAUACAAUUUUCUGCUUGAAAAGUGCCGCUCAGUCACUCCAAAGAGACUUUGGCAGAGGCAGACUGUUUCUGAAUCUGUUUACUUCCGAGCAGCGGCACUAGAGGAGGCGGAAAACGCUGCAGAGCUGGUUGUCUUCAUGAAGCGGCAGGCUGCACUGAAAUAUACGGCGGCAACUGUCUAUUGAGCCGAGCAUUCAGUUCAUAAUCUGAGCUGUUAUCAGACGUCGUGGGAAGACGACAGUGAAUGGGGAUUACUCAUUCAUUUAGUCAUCUUUCCUCCAAUUUUCCGUUGCAUUAUUUCUGUCAUUACACACCAACCUCAUGAGCACAAUGAUGAAAUCUUUAUUUUGGCUGGCGAGUUUCUGCCUGAUUACAUUUAAUGAGCAAUAAAUGAUUUAUCAUUCAAAUAGAUCACAUUAGAUCAGAUGGAUGGACAUUUCAGUUUUGAUAUAGACCAUUAGAAGCAAGUUGUCUCAAUCCUGCGGCACAAUAACCCGAAAAGUAAUGGCUACAAAGAUAUGGAAAACAUGGCUUUUCCCUGUUCUAAUAACAUUUAUUUAAGUCUUUGGAUUUCCAUUUUGAGAUCUCUCUCUCUCAUAAAUACAUGCAUUAUUUUACUGUCUGUAUCCACCCAUGUUCUGCUCUGUUAUUUCUGUUCUCUGUUUUUAUGCAGUUGCUGCCCACUCUUGAUAUCUAUACAUGGACAGAGGAGCAUGUGGUCAGUACGGUUAUAUUUUCCUCAUUUCUAAAGCUUUCAUUUUCAUUUUUACGUCACAAAAUACCAUCACUCUCUAAUAAAUAUAUCAUCUUUUUUUUUCCUUCAGUAUUUCUGGAUGCAGCAAGUAUUCGGUGCAGGUCUGUUACUGUCUCCAUUAUGAUGCACUCGGAUUUUAAUUCCCACUUUUGUUGCCUCAGUCUUUUAAUUUUUGACCUAAUCUGUCAAAAAAAAAACCCCAAAACAAAACAUUGUAUAUGUUUCUGACUCAGGGGAGGGAACGUGUGGCAUGCACCUUUACGCUGACCUGUUCAAAGAGAACCACAUCACUGGAAAGAGGUUGCUGUUGCUCUCAGAAAACGAUAUGCGGGACAUGGGGGUCAGGUCUAAAGGCCACGUCAUGCACCUUAAGGUAAGGCAAAACUAAACAAACCUUUUUUUUGUUGCUGGGAAUCCUUGCAUCGCUGAGAUCUAUAUUUUCUGAUAUGUGGGGUGACAGCUAAUCUGAUAUUUUCUCUUUGGCAGGCUGAAAUUGAAAAGCUAACCCAUGAUUACAUGGGGUUCGUCCACUUCCCCCCGCUGUUGAAGGUAUAGGGUUUCCUCUGUGUCUUCAGGAAGAUGUUUUUCUUUGCUUAUUUUUCUGUGUGUAAUUGGACUCUUGCCCCAUUUAUCUCCAGGAUGAACUAGAAAAGGAGGUGGAGAGGGUGAAAACUGUAAAUCUGGAGCUGGUGUUUGGGUACCACUGGAAACCAGGAACUGGGAAAUCUGUAAGUUUGUAGUUCAACGCAGACACACUGUGCUAACUGUGAGGUAUAAAUAAAUGCUAAAUGUAUGUAAUUUACACUGAUCCGAUUAAAAACUGUAACAAUCUUUGAUAAGUUUGGUAAUAAUUGUAACCUCGGAAAAGCACGCACAGAACCCUGUUUUUGCCAUGACUGAAUCAGCCUCCUUGUACUGAGGCUGUUUGUUCUGAAGAUUCAUGAUGACGGCUGUUAAACUGAUCAUUGACGGCAUCACUAGACAUGUAUAAAACCAGACAAAUAAACAUUUCAUUCUCAGCCAUGUAGCACAUCCACAUCGAACUCGCAGCCCUUUGUUAGGGUCUCAAACUGUGGAGAAAGGGUGGCUCUUCACUUGCUGUUUGAAUUUAAUCAAAAAUAGCCCAUUUAGCCAGAAGUCAUUUUCUUUUUAAAAGGCAAACGUUAUUUAAUCUUUCAGCUGUUCAUUGUCCCAUCAUAAAUAGUCCUCUUUCAGUGUGUUCGGCAGGGCUGAAACGAGCCUGCUAAUUGCCUCCCAUUUCUUCUGACAUGUGGUGGUUUAGUGGGUAGAAAACACAGCAGGGAGAAGGAAACAGGAGGCUGAGAAAAUGAGAGCUAAUUAUUUUCCCCUGCCUGGUGUCAGGUUCCGUGUCAGCCUUGUUUUUACAAACUGGAAGGUUUUUUUGCACUAAAUAAAACAAACCCGCACUGCAUUUUUUUUCCUUCGCCCCUCUUUGCUGGCGAUGUCAUGGAAGCAGCUGCACUUCUCAAAGACAAAAUGAGGGUCUGCGAUUGUGCGGCCACCAUCUGACAGCCACUGAGGGUCCCCUACUAAUGAGGAUAUCACCGUGCAGCCAAGUGAAAGGUGCUGAAUUAUGUAUGAGUUGUCAUUAGACGCACUCGGGUCCUAGGCAUCAUUACCAGACAUUGUUUCUGCUGGAGUGAUUAGACUAGCAUGGACCUGGGAGCCCUGGUGCGACCGUCCAGCGCCGACACCAGGCCAGCACGGGGGCCACUGGUGUGUUUCUGAGCCAGAGGCUUGCUGAAGCUUCCCCUUUGAGCCAUUUCCAGCCCCGGGGGACGAUGCAGGAGAGGGAGAGGGCUCCUCAGACGAGUGUGUUAGUGCCACUCCUCUGAUGUCUUUCUCUGUGAUCACUACACAAUGGAUUGGCCUGUGCCAUGAACCCUGGGUGGUUAAGCAGUGACCUGUGGUUUCGUUGACAGCGUUUGGGGAUUGGCAGAAUCAUUACUGCUUCGUCAGCAUUCAGUAUGAAGGAGAGGAGGGCUGGGGUAUGGCUCAGAUUUGUGGCUUAUAGUGAGGAUCUGAUGUGUCCUGCAUGCAUCAAGUCAGGAGGAAAACCUUCCCCCCUUGUUACUUAAAUUUGACCAGAUUCCUGCUGCAACAAAUUAAUUCUAGCAAGAAUAAAAAAAACCAUGUGAUGUCUUAUAAAGAAUCAGUGCGGCUACACAGAAAUACUGACUUUUUUGGCUCAUAUUUUCAGUAUCUUUCUAAAUGUAUUCACAUAUUUCUUACACUUCAGAUAAAGGAGAACUCGUUUCUAUUCAGUUCAUCAUUUUGCAUGCUUUUGAUUGUUUUUAUAUUUUAUCAGUAGAGGUUUUAUAUUCUGUCAUACUCUUGUCGUGUAUCUAUAACAUAUUACUUUCUUUCCUCCCAAACACUGUGAGGCUUUGAGGCCAAAGUCUUACCACUACCAUCAAACUACCUCUAGGUUGUGCUGUUGGUUUAUAUACAAGUGCAACCAAGUUCUCCACACUAAAUUUACAAAGUUUUGCGUGCAAUCAGGUGUUGUUUCAGAGUGUGCCAGACCAGCGUUUUAUUAUAACGCCAUUUGUUUUUUGUUUUUUUUUGUUUGUUUGAAGGACUGUAAAUGGAAAAUGUACUUAGAGCUGGAUGGAGACGAUGUGGCAGUAACUUACAUCAAAGAUGUCGUCUUCAAUGCCAACCGCCAGGAUGUGGAAAUCUUGCGGAUGACUAAGGUGUACACUGGAACACAUUUUCUGACAAAUGAUUGGUUUUGUCUGUGCGACUGUGUGUUUUUCAUCUGCAUAGACUCCUUUUUUCUUCGAUAAGGUUUGAAAUAUGUUCCUAUAUUCACUUUUUUUCAUUGCUUUGCAGCCUCCUUUUGUGAUGGAUAAAUGGAUUGUUGGGAUAACAGAGAACCAGAAAGUGGACUACACAGUUAAUUUUGAAGUGAGUCAUUUUACCAGCUGUCUCCUAAGCCAGUUUCAAAAGGGAGAUCAGAAGUGCAUUUAAGGCUAUCUCAAAGCUGAGGAACUGAAAUGAGUGUUUUUAUCCAUAAUGUCCUUAAUUAUUUCUCUGUUUUGACUUAAUCCUCCAGAAUGAUGUCAAGUCACCAAGGACGACCAGAUACAGCUCUUCUAUGAUGUGGAGCCUCGUAGGUGGACAAGAUGAGAUCAAGACUGUGGAGCUGGCCAUUGAAACAGCACCGACUACCAUUGACUGGAACCCCAGAGACAGGAAUAACUGUGGUAUACUGCUUCAUAGUUUUGCUUGAAAUCUUUAACAAAUCUACUAGAAAUCUUUGUGCUUAACACAGUGGGUGUUUUUGUAUUUAACAAUGCAUAUCUUCCCUUCUAGAUAUUGAUCCUACAUGGAUGUACAGUGUAAGGCUGAAGCAGAUGAUAUCCCAGAAAUCCCAACAAGCCACUGCUCCGCUGACUUCCUCCCAGGCCCGCACUCUGCCUCAGUUCCUGUCAGCACAUGAGAGCCAGAGCUGUUCUUAUGCUGGAGCUGUGCGUCGCUCUCCAAACCGCGCCAAUGCAUCGCCCUGGAUUGACUCUCGCAGCUCCUCACCGACUACCAGCCUGUCUGCCAAACUCUCCCCGCUUCAUCUUGGGUCAAAGGGCAGCAGCCCGUCCAGCACUACAUCAGAGAGCACCUUGGAAAGGGAAAGAGACCGUCCUCUCAGUGCAGGACCGAUGUACAACUCCAACAGAAAUCCCUAUUUUGGCAGCACAUUAACUGUUGGAGGAGGGCAGGGCAGAGGUCAAGCGUGGACCAAUACUAGAGGUAGCCAUGUUCAUAAUAAAACCAGCAGAACCUCAAGACCGCCAGCGAAGCUGCGUUCCCACAGUUACAGUGCCCCAUCACAUAACCACCCCUCCAUGAUACCAGGUAUACUGUCUGUAACAGGAAACCCCAGUGAGGAAAAAGAGGGAAGCAAAGCAAGUGAUGGAGGAUGGAUCAAAGUGGAGCGACAGAAAAGAUUACCACGUCAGGACAAUAAACAAGUUAGAGGUAGACCAAGAAGAGGGGGUAGGGGGGGACGCGGUGCUGGUGGAAGAUCAUAGUGCAGGCCUUUUUAAGAGUUACAUGCUCUGACAGGUUUUACAGCUAAAUUUUGUCUAUCUACAUACCUAGAAAUAAACUGCUUACUGUAAUAGAAUCACACUGAUGUAUAUAUUUAUGACCUCAUGUUUAUAUUUUUACUGGCUCCCGUCAGGUUUAUAAAAUGAUAUAUUUAUUAUUAUUUCAAAUAAAGAAAAUUGACUCGUG